AGGGGUGUUAAGCGUGUGGCUCCCGUGCUAUCUCAAUCAUGAUUAUCUAGGAUGUCGUGUUAGGUGACUGCUUAUGGCUGCCAGAAAAGACGGAAGGUAAUAGCAUCUGUGACCAACCAUAAGAGGUAAAUACUUUCUACUACCUAUGUAUAACACUUUUCGGCGAUGAAGAGAAUUCCCAUCAGCUUAAAAAGCUUCAAAUUGGCUUAUCGUUUAGAAAUCUCUACUGUUACGGGACUGCAGUAGCAACACAGCACCAGGGUACUACUUUUCUCCAUAUAGUCUCUUCAGCCUUUAGUCUCGUCACGGGGAUAUUUAGGCCAAGCCCAAAGCAUGAUGUAGAAAUCCUUCGCGACUUCGAGGGUAUGAUACUAUCUGGAGAGAUGCUCUUGGUGUUGGGUCGACCUGGAAGUGGAUGUUCUACCCUAUUAAAGACUCUGUCUGGCGAUACUCAGGGGCUUCGCUUGAAUGAUGAGGGGCACAUUAAUUACCAAGGUGCAUAUUAAAGCAGUGGCUAUGAGCUUAUACCAAGCAUCUGAAGAAAUGUAUGGAAAUUCCGAUCAUGUUAUAUUACUCUACGAAGGACAUCAAAUAAGGUACUUUGGGCCUGCGGCUGCUGCGACGGCGUAUUUCACGAAACUUCGGUUUGUGAAGCCAAGUUGAGCCACCACCGCAGAUUUCUUGACAUCUUUGACCAAUCCAGCAGAGCGCGUUGUACAAAUUGGCUAUGAGAACCAAGUGCUACACCUGCCAGCUGAGUUCGCCAACGUAUGGAAGCGUGGCGAAGAGGCACGCACCCUGCGUGCAAAUAUAGACAGGUUCAACGCACAAUACCCAAUGAACAUCAUGCAUCCCAAAGACGAUCUAGAGAAGGCCACUGGGAUCGAAAGACUAAGCCUGCGAACAUCUACGUAUCCACUACCGAUUACUUGGCAAGUUCUGACGUGUUUACGGAGAGCAUUUCCAAGGAUGAAAAAAAUAUAGCCACCGACAUAUCUACAGUCAUUGCCAACACCAUACUGGGUAUCAUAAUG